AUGUCUUUUGGAUUAAUCACAUGUAUUUACGGACAACAAUAUGGACCAGUACCACCAAGACCACAACAGUUUGCCGGUGCGAAUUUGAUUCAAUCAUCAAGACCAAAUACAAGGCAAAGAUUUAGCAUACCCCGAGUCGUGCCAGAAGGUAUACAAUCUGUUGAACAAGCUCAAUUAUCUCGUACGAGAAGGCCACAGCCUUUUAGAACCGGAAAUACUUUUGUGCCACAACAAAAACAAAUUUUAGACCAUCCAAAGGCUAAUUUGUUAGACGAUGGACCACUUCCUAUUCAAUAUUUAAAUCCGGUACCAACUCAACUUCCUCAAUUUCAACAGUUGACUCCCCGAACUUUAACACCGCGACCAGUACAAGAAGAAAUUAAUGAAGAAGACCUUCGGACGACGGCUGGAAACACACCCAGCACGACGACUUUUACCUCCUCACAAAAGACAAGUUUUUCACCAACUUCUGCUCCUGUAACAUUACCACAAGCACAGGUACCAGCGGGAUUUCAAAAACCACAAUACAUUCAACCUAGUGCUUUUAGAUCGUCAUCACCUUCACAAAAUGCUGAAUCAAUACAAGUCCGACCAGUUCAGCAAUCACCACUGACCAUAAAUCGAGCUCCAUCGUUACCAAUAGUACCUGCUCCUGCCGUUCCAGUUUCUUUUCAACAAGUUCCCGAAGAUGAAUAUUUUAGGCAAGUUCAAGGUAGGCCAUUAAAAAAACAAGAACCAGUAAGACAGCAGGUAGUUGAUAGAGAGCAAAUCAGGCAAUACGUUCCAAAACAACAACAAGAUAAUGUUCGACUCCAAACUCCAUAUCUGAGACCCAUACAGAGAGAACCUCACGUGAAAGCUCCACAAAGAGAAAGGAAACCCGUCGCCCAGACAAUCAGGAAAUAUCAUGAAGAAAAUGAAGACGGAAGCAUAACUUGGGGUUACGAAAAUGACGAUGGAUCUUUUAAAGAAGAAACAAUCGGAGUUGAUUGCGUAACACGAGGAAAAUAUGGUUAUUACGAUCCGGAUGGUGUCAAGAGAGAAUACACAUAUCAAACUGGCAUUCCAUGCGUCAAAGAACAAGAAAAUGAAGAAGCCGAAUCAAAUCAUGGAUACAUUGAUUACACAAACAAUAAAUACGUUUUACCAAAUGGAGACGAAAUCGAUUUAGAAGCCAUGGUCAAAAACAGAGCGCGAAAACCAGUUUCCAAAUAUAGAAUAACAUCUUAA